AAACGUCGCAUCCGGCAACGUUGAGUUUGGAGAACACCGGCGCCAAAAACAUUUACUUUGAAUAAACGGACAGCAAAGACAUUUCUGAUGGACACAUCGGUGGACGCUGGAGUAAUCAUCAUCGUCAGUGAUGAUGAAGAUGAAAUAUGCAGUGAACCCUCGGUUCUCAUUGUGGAGGUGGAGGACGUGAAGAAGAGUGACUGGGUUGUAUCUCCCACUGCCCUGGAUGAAGACCUGGUGGUCACCUUCUCCCGCCGAGCUGAGGUGCUGCCUCACGCACGAUACGACUGUCCCGUACAUGCUUUUACGGCUACAGAUUGUGUGAUCGACACUCCUGUGGCCGGUAACCAGCUCAUGUGCGAUCAGUGUUUCUGCUACAUCUGCGACAAGCUGGCGUCAUUGUGUUUAAUGUGGAGUCAGACAGGUGUGUGUCACUGCAACAGCCACAAGAGGAGCAACUUCUGGAACUGCCUGCGAGACUGCAUGCUGCUUGGAGGACUGAAGACAUUCAAGCUCACUCUGUCGGAAAUAGAUGCUCCCCUCCGACACGCAGAGAUGAUGCUGCAGCGGUUCAGACACGGGCUCUCUGACCUGUUCUCUUCCUUCCUGAAGGGAAAGAUUGUAGAGUUGGUAAAUUCCACACAGAAAGUCCUCUUACACGAUUACACACCUGUGUACGAGUUUGUCUCAUCGUUCCUGAACUCGGCAGAUAAACAGGAGGACAGAGCUGCUGCCAUCAUGAGACUCGGAGCUGCUGAGGACUUUAUUGGACAUUUUCAAGUCUCAGGGACUGUCCCCCUACCGUCUCCAAUGAGUAAUGCUGCUUCAGCCAAACUGGUGUUACUGCAGAGGGUAAUAGCAUCCGUGCAGAGACAGAUGGUGAUGGCUGAUUUUACCCAAGAGUUCAUCCACAAGCUGCAGGAUUUUUACAAGAGAUUGUGUUUCCCUGCUGAGCUGAGGAACAUGAAGAACAGUCUGUGUGUUCGUCCUUGGGAUGAUGUCCUGCUGGUGUCUGUGCUGAAGGGUCAGAACGUGUCAGGAGUUCGCAAAGACAAAGGCAAGAAGGACGUCCUUUAUGAACCGAUUUCUGUAAUUCUACUGAGAACAGAACUACUACAGCAACAGCACAGGUACCGAGAACUGCGUCGCUAUUUACAAGUCGUCAAGACUGAUGAUAUUGAACUAUUCCAGCCAGUACAGGACCUCAUCCCUUUCUUCAUGUGCAUGGAGGGGGACUUUAUGUCCUCUCUGCACAGUUUGUUCCCUUCAGUAAACGCCCCCGCCUCCCGUUUUACUCCAGAUCUUUUUCACUUUUAUCUCCACAUCUUUAAAACCGCAACAGCACCAAAACUAGCAGUCAUGAGGCCAGAAGAGCUCUGCUGCUCUGAUGCGGCGUGGGAGCCUAUUAAAGAUGCUGUGCCACUGACGUGUGCUAGGCUGGUGAGGUUUGCUCUCAGGGUUCAGAGAUGCAGCUCUGCCGUCUUCACGGAUUCUCAAUGCUGGACCAGUUUACUCACAGUCGUCAACACACACACCGCUCUCCCAGAACCAUGCUCACAGUUUUUACAGGAAGCCAAGGAUGUCGUGAAUUCGAUUCUGCAGCUCCAGUCAGAUGUACUGAUCCCGGGAUACUUUCAGAAGGUGUACCCAGAUCAGGCCUUGUUGCUGUUGGUAACAGGGGCUUUAGGUUUGAGAAUCUGUAAAGCGCCUCUGAGUCCAGCCCUCCCCAUGCUUAAUACGUUUACGGAGAAUACUUGGGCACUCUCGUGGCUGUGGCUCAAUUUGUCCUCCAACCCAGAACGCCUCAGCUCCUUUUUACAGCAGAUCGUUCAGGAGAUGAAAAACACAACAGAUGAGGAACAUUUGUUAACCUUUCUUCGCGCUCAGUCAUCUUCAACAGAGUACUGGGACCAUGGACGUCAAACUCAACUCUCCACAAGUGAAGGCCCCGUUGCAGUGUCAGCUGUGGUGGCAGCCGGGUCUGAUCCCCCGCUGAUGUGCCCGUCAAACGCUGAGUCAGCAGCCCCCUCUCCUCUAGACUGAGCCGAGCCGAGCAGCAGAUGAAUGUGUGUCUGAGUUUUUAUGCAGACGCCAGAAUGAAAGAUAAGAGACUUCAAACACAUCCUUAUCGUUCUUCAGCAUUUACCAUUCUAGAGACACUUUAUGUUGCUUAUUGUUUAGCGACUUCAUAAGUUCAGUGUGCUGAAGUUCUUAAUUGCAUAUAAGUGUACUUCUGCACUGUGAGAUUUCUUUUUGAGAUGACUACUUCCUGGAUUACAAAUGUUUAUAAGUGGCAAUCAUGUAAUGUUGGUAAAUAAACAGAUUUUUUGUUAUGUAAUUUUGGUA